GAAGUGGUUGCGUCGCACUUUGAGCUCUCCUCUUCUGUGUGUAAAAAAUACAUAAUAUAUAAAAAAAAUCCUACUUUGCUAAGCUCUCCUUCAGCAAAAAGAUUUUUGCUUUUUUGUAUAAAAAAAUUUUUUGUGAAAUUCGAAAUUUUUGAUUUUCAAGUCAAAAAUUUUGUUGAGAAAAUAAAGAAAUUUUCAUUGAAAUUUUGUGCAGUUUUUAAAUAAAACAAAAAAAAGAAAUCAACAUGUGCGACGAAGAAGUAGCUGCAUUGGUUGUCGAUAAUGGAUCCGGUAUGUGCAAAGCCGGUUUCGCUGGAGAUGAUGCUCCACGAGCUGUAUUCCCAUCCAUUGUUGGACGUCCAAGACAUCAAGGUGUCAUGGUCGGUAUGGGACAAAAGGAUUCCUAUGUUGGUGAUGAAGCUCAAAGCAAAAGAGGUAUCCUUACCUUGAAAUACCCAAUUGAGCACGGUAUUGUCACAAACUGGGAUGAUAUGGAAAAAAUCUGGCAUCACACUUUCUACAAUGAAUUGCGUGUCGCACCCGAGGAACACCCUGUCCUCUUGACUGAAGCCCCAUUAAAUCCAAAGGCCAAUCGCGAGAAAAUGACUCAAAUUAUGUUUGAGACAUUCAACACACCCGCUAUGUAUGUUGCCAUCCAGGCUGUAUUAUCACUCUAUGCCUCUGGUCGUACCACCGGUAUUGUGUUAGAUUCUGGUGAUGGUGUCUCACACACUGUACCAAUCUAUGAAGGUUAUGCCCUGCCCCAUGCCAUUCUCCGUUUGGAUUUGGCUGGUCGUGAUUUAACAGAUUAUCUGAUGAAAAUCUUGACUGAACGUGGUUAUUCAUUCACCACAACAGCUGAGCGUGAAAUCGUACGUGACAUCAAGGAGAAGCUCUGCUAUGUUGCUCUCGAUUUUGAGCAAGAAAUGGCAACAGCUGCAUCAUCUAGCUCCUUGGAAAAGAGCUACGAAUUGCCCGAUGGACAAGUUAUUACCAUUGGUAAUGAACGUUUCCGUUGCCCAGAAGCCCUAUUCCAACCAUCAUUCUUGGGUAUGGAAGCAUGCGGUAUUCAUGAAACCACAUACAAUUCCAUCAUGAAGUGCGAUGUCGAUAUCCGUAAGGACUUGUAUGCCAACACAGUAUUGUCUGGUGGUACUACCAUGUAUCCAGGUAUUGCUGAUCGUAUGCAAAAGGAAAUUACCGCAUUGGCUCCAUCCACAAUGAAAAUUAAGAUCAUUGCCCCACCAGAGAGGAAAUACUCCGUAUGGAUCGGUGGAUCUAUUUUGGCAUCACUUUCCACUUUCCAACAGAUGUGGAUCUCGAAACAGGAAUACGACGAGUCUGGCCCAUCAAUUGUCCACAGGAAGUGCUUCUAAGCGUAGUAGUAGUUCUCGCAAAACACAACCGUAUUAUGUAUUGCUAAUUUUUAUUUUUUAAUUAUUAUUAUUAUAUAAUUAUUAUAUGAAAAACAAAGAAAGCGAGAGAAAAGAAAAUUGAAGAGAGAGGGAGAGGAGUGUGAGAAGAUAUAUAAACAGAAUUUAACACCUUUUCUGUAAUUUUUUUUUAAAUACAACACAUUUCUCUCCCCCAUCCAACAACAGCAACAACAACAGCCAGCAAAGAGCGACAGAACAACAUCAAAAGCCGCCAAAUUUAUAAACAAAUUAAAUUUAAAAAAAGAAAUGAAAAUGAAGAGAAAUUUUGCAUAAACAAAGAAAAAAACAUGUUCUUUUUUUUAUUAAACUAGAAAUACAAAGGCA